GCUUGUGUAGGCUAUAUACGUAUGUUGUUAAAGUUUCUCUUCUAUACCUAUCUCAUGCUUUCUACUAGUCCUCUAUCAUAAAGUAGUUUUUGCUGAUCGAUUUUGACAUUUUGUGGUAAAUUUUUGACAGAAAUCGACCGGCUCGAGUAUCACAAUGGGUAAUGAAAGCUCGCUGCCUAUGGAACUAUGUUCUAAUUUUGAUGCUGAUGAAAUUAGAAGAUUAGGAAAACGAUUUCGGAAGUUAGAUUUAGAUAACAGUGGUGCUUUAAGUAUUGAUGAGUUUAUGUCAUUACCAGAAUUACAACAGAAUCCUUUAGUGCAACGUGUUAUAGAUAUAUUUGAUGCAGAUGGCAAUGGAGAAGUAGAUUUUAAGGAAUUUAUUCAUGGUGUUUCUCAAUUCAGUGUUAAAGGAGAUAAAGAAAGCAAAUUAAGAUUUGCAUUUAGAAUUUAUGAUAUGGAUAACGAUGGUUUUAUAAGCAAUGGGGAAUUAUUCCAAGUAUUGAAAAUGAUGGUAGGCAAUAACUUAAAGGAUACUCAACUUCAACAAAUUGUUGAUAAAACAAUAUUAUUUGCUGACAAAGAUGAAGAUGGCAAAAUUAGUUUUGAAGAAUUUUGUUCUGUUGUUGGUAAUACAGAUAUUCAUAAAAAGAUGGUGGUUGAUGUUUAAAUUAUCGAAAGUUUAUGGAAAGAAAAAUAUUAAAGAACAAGUUAAUGGUAAUAUCAAUUUGACUUAAUGAAUUCAUUAUUAACACUAGAUUGAUUGGAUAAUUAUAAGUAACAAAAUUGUGUAGGGUGAAAUUAUGAUCGUUAUUAAGUCUUUAAUCUAUACAAAGUCUUUAAUAUAUAUAUAUAUACAUAAGUUUGUCAUCUGUGAAAAUGCUUUCCAUAGUGCAAUGUACAUUACAAUUUAAUUGACCACCGACCUUCUAAGAUUGUGCACAUUUACUGAACAUAUGUAUUGUAUAGAUUUUAAUAUUAUAAAAUGUCUUAUACGCAACAUAUACAUAUUUUUAGUUGAAAUAUUACGUUUUUUUAGUUGGAAAUAUUAUGCAAAUAGCUCUGUUAUCAUUUUAUAAUUUAUAAUAUGAUUUAAUUAGUGUACAAAAAUCUAUAAAGCUGUUUCAGAAAACUUUUGAAGAUACAAUUAUAAUAACAUGUAAAUUAUUUAAGAAGCAUUAUUUUAUAUAUUGAACUCUAAUUCAGAUAUAUGUUUUCAUUCUUAUCUUACAAUAUACUUCAAUAAUGUGGAAUAUGUCUAGUAAAAAAUUGCAUUUUCCUAAUUUUUCUAUUAAAUACUAUCAUAGUUAAGUGAAUAGGAAUAUUUUAUUUGUUUCAUAAUAUAAGACCCAUUGAAUUAGGUUCUGUAAGUAGUUAAUUUGUAAAAAAGAUUCUGUUUAUUUUUAAAAUAAGUUUGUAUUGUAUAUAUUAUGUUCAAUUAUUAAUUAAUCCAUCAAUUGUGUAUUUGAAAGAAGUAUUAUAUAUUAUUUAAUCAAUUAUUACUAACAUCUGAAAAGUCCCAUGUGUUGAUAAAAUCGAUUUUACAGAGAACUUCAGUUUUGAACUAGAUUAACAUAACAGCAGGAUUCUCGAAACUUUCAAAUACACAAAUUUUUAAAAAUAACCUUAUUUGUUUAUUAUAUGACUAUUAAGAGAAUAAUGUAUUACAAAACAGAAAUUAAAUAAUAUAUAUUGUUUUAUUCUA